AUGACAUUAGGAGGACAUCCAGGCUGUGAUAAGUCCAGUGCUGGUUGGAGGGUGAGAGGUGAGCCAGAGGAGGUGGGGGCUCCUCCGCAGCAUGGAGCGCUGGCAGCAGAUACAUCUGUCCGAUACGUCAGCCGAUACUUCAGCAGAUACAUCAGGCCGAACGUCAGCCGAUACAUCAGAGAGAUACAUCAGGCGAUAAAUCAGGCAGAUACAUCAGGCCGAUACAUCAAGCAGAUACAUCAGGCCGAUACAUCAGUCCGAUACAUCAGGCAGACACAAUCGGGUACGCGGCAGGACCGUCAGGCCAGACACGUCGGCCGACACGUCAGGCCGAUACGUCAGGCAUACGUCCACCGAGCCAGUCAGCCCGAUAACAUCAGGGCCGAUACAUCAGGCCGACACAUCCUGCCUACACAUCAGCCGAUACAUCAGGCUACACAUCUGCAACACAUCAGGCAGAUACAUCAUGCCGAUACAUCAGGCCGAUACCAUCAGGGCCGAUACGUCGGCCGUUACGUCAGGCCGAUACGUCAGCAGAUACGUCAGGCAGAUACAUCAGGCCGAUACAUCAGGCAGAUCAUCAGGCCUACACAUCAUGCCGACACAUCAGGCCGAAAUCAGGCAAUACGUCAGGCCGCGAGCGCUUCAGGCCCCGAGUACAUCAGGCCGAUACGUCAGGUCCGAUACGUCAGCCGAUACGUCAGGGCCGAUACGUCAGGCCGAAACUCAGGCCCGAUAACGUCAGGCCGAUACGUCAGGCGAUAG